AAAAAAAAAAAAAGUAGAGCUACUCUUCUUCCCCCAAACCCAAUACCCCUGAAAACCCACCUCGUCUCCUCCACCGAUUCCCCCGAGUUCACUCACCUAACCUCCUCCCUGACUCACUCCUCCAUCAUUGCCGAGUGGAAGCCCCUCCUCUCCCACCACCCCACUUACCCAACCGUCUCUCUCCUCCAACUCGCCUGCCAACUCGGCCACGAACUCGCCGCCGGCGACGACUCGGUCGUCGUCUUCCUGCUCGACUUGGCCUUCGUUCCUCUCUCUUCAACAUGGGUUUUGCUGAGGGAUGCGUUUGUGAACCCUGAUGUUCCUGGGUUUCAGGUUUAAGCAGGAUUUGGCAAGUAGUCCACUUUCAGCUCUCAGGGUUGUGAUCCUGGGUUUGAUAGGAUUUUAUGCAAAAUAAUUUUGGCACCAUCUUUGUGCAACUGUUCCUUUGUCUAUUGCUCAGUGUCAACUUGCUUGCUGAUUCUUAUUCAGAUUUUUGGAGCAGUUUGCAGGCAGAUUAUUCAACUGUCUUGAAUUCAGUUGUGCAGGAAUUAUUGGUUUAAUGGAGGCUCUGUCUUUUGCAAGCCCGAUAAACAAGACAACCACAAUACAAAAGAAGAGGCAAGGCACAAGCCCAACUCCACAUUGUCAUGAUGAGCUCUUUGAGAUGCAUUGCAAAACACCCAACAAUUGCACUAGUAGACUCAUCCACCACUCUCAAAGAUCUCAAGCAAAUCCACACCCAACUCCUCAUUAACGGCGUUCUCAACGAUCCUCACCUCUCCGGCAACUUUGUUGCCACCAUUGCCAUCCGGAACCCCAACAAUUUGGAAUAUUCCAACCGAGUCCUGGACCAAUGUGACAACCCAUCUCUCUUCGCCUUCAACUCCAUGAUCAGGGCCUAUUCCAAAAGCUCCACACCCAGUAAAAGCUUUCACUUUUACAGCAGAAUCCUCCAUUCACGUAACAAUCUUCUACCUGAUAACUACACAUUUAACUUCUUGGUUCGCACUUCUGCGCAGCUUUCGUCAUUUGAGACUGGUCCUUCGGUCCAUGGUGCAUUAGUAAAGCAUGGAUUUGAGAAUGACCCGCAUGUUCAAAGUGCUUUAAUAUUUAUGUAUGCGGAAUUGGGUUGCUUGGAGCAAUGUCAUAGAGUGUUUAGCGGCAUUGCCGAUCCUGAUUUGGUGUGUCAGACUGCUAUUGUGAGCGCUUGUGCUAAAUGUGGGGAUGUAGAUUAUGCACGGUUAUUGUUCGAUGAAAUGCCUGAGAGAGACCCAAUUGCUUGGAAUGCGAUGAUUGCGGGGUAUGCGCAAUGUGGGAAGUCUAGGGAAGCUUUGGGUUUGUUCCAUUUGAUGCAAAUGGAGGGUGUGAGGGUGAAUGAGGUGUGUAUGGUUUCGGUGUUAUCGGCGUGUUGUCACUUGGGGGCACUGGAUCAAGGGAGAUGGGCUCAUGCAUAUAUAGAGAGAAACAAGGUGAGGAUGACAGUGACAUUGGGGACUGCACUGCUUGACAUGUAUGCGAAAUGUGGGAACAUGAGUAAGGCCAUGGAAGUGUUUUGGGGGAUGAAGGAAAAGAAUGUGUAUACGUGGAGUGUUGCCUUGGGGGGACUAGCUAUGAAUGGCUUUGGUGAGAAGUGUCUUGAGCUUUUCUCAGUUAUGGAGAAAGAAGGCGUUCAGCCAAAUGAAGUUACCUUUGUUUCGGUUCUUAGGGGUUGUACUGUGGUUGGACUAGUGGAGGAAGGUCGUCGACAUUUUGACUCAAUGAAAGAAUUGUAUGGGAUUGAACCUCAGCUAGAGCAUUAUGGGUGCAUUGUUGACUUAUAUGGUCGAGCUGGGCGUUUAGAUGAAGCCCUGAACUUCAUUAACAACAUGCCAAUGAAGCCUCAUGCGGGUGCUUGGGGGGCUUUGCUCCACGCUAGUAGAAUGUAUCGGAAUAUGGAACUGGGUGAGCUUGCGUCGAGAAAGAUAGUAGAACUCGAGGACAGGAAUCACGGUGCUUAUGUGCUUUUGUCCAAUAUAUAUGCGGAUUCCAAGCUUUAUGAUGGAGUUAGUAAUGUGCGGCAAAAUAUGAAGGCUAAAGGUGUGAGGAAGCUUCCUGGUUGUAGUGUCAUAGAAGUUGAUGGGGAAGUUCAUGAAUUCUUUGCAGGGGAAGACAAUUCUCAUCCAAGGUAUAAUGAAAUCGAAAUGAAGCUGGAAGAAAUCUCCCGGCGCCUGAAAUUAGCAGGUUAUGUUGCCAAUACCAACCCUGUGCUGUUCGAUAUAGAAGAAGAAGAGAAAGAGGAUGCAUUGUUUAAACACAGCGAGAAGUUUGCCAUUGCUUUUGGUUUCAUCAGUUUGAGAGAAGGAGUACCCAUUAGGAUUGUGAAGAACCUCAGGGUCUGUUGGGAUUGUCAUGAUGUAACAAAAAUGAUAUCCAAGAUUUUCAAUAGAGAGAUUAUAGUAAGAGAUAGAAAUAGGUUUCACCAUUUUCAAAAUGGUGAGUGCUCUUGUAAGGGUUAUUGGUGAAAAAAGAAAAGGAAAAUAAAGCUGGAUUUACUCUUC